AUAUUUACUAUAAAAGUGAUUCGCUUCGAGUGAUUUGGCUAAUCGAACAGUGGUCGCCUUACAAUGAAAUUAGUUGCAGCUUUUGUGUGUUUCGUCUACGGUUAUGCUAGUGCUCAGACUCUAGUAUGGUCGGACGAGUUUAAUGGGCCUGCAGGCCAGCGACCAGAUGCAUCGAAAUGGGGACGUGACAUUGGCGGUGGUGGAUGGGGUAACGAUGAACAUCAGUACUACACAGACUCUGCAUCAAACGCUGCACUCGACGGAAAUGGAAACUUAGUGAUAACGGCUCGCCGAGAAAAUCCCAAUAACUAUCAAUGUUGGUAUGGACGGUGUGAAUAUACAUCCGCUCGUUUACUCACUUAUGGAAAGUUUACGCAUCUGUAUGGGACACUAGAGGCCCGAAUUAGAAUACCAAUUGGACAAGGAUUUUGGCCAGCUUUCUGGAUGCUCGGUGACAAUUUCGGUUCGGUUGGUUGGCCAGAGUGUGGUGAAAUCGAUAUCAUGGAAAAUGUCGGCAACGAUCCACUUUUCGUUCAUGGAAGCUUGCAUGGACCGGGCUAUUCAGGUGGUAAUGGCUUGACUAGCAGUUUCCGUUCGCCGAAUGGUCAACCGUUUGCAAAUGAUUUCCAUAUCUACCGCAUCGUUUGGACUCCCGAUUCCAUUACAUGGUCUGUGGAUGGAGUAAACUAUGCAACGAAAACACCAGCCGAUACGCGGGGAAAUCGAUGGGUCUUCAAUCAUCCGCAUUUCUUCAUUUUGAAUUUAGCUGUUGGUGGUCAAUGGCCUGGCUAUCCCGAUCACACAUCCGUGUUCCCUCAAACUAUGGUCGUUGAUUAUGUCAGAGCCUACGCCCAGUCUGGCAAUCCACCACCACCUGUUAACAGAAUAAGAAGUUCGGCUGGAGGACUUUGUCUGGAUAUUGCUGGCGCAAGUAGUGCGAAUCAGACUCCUGUGCAAGUUGUGACCUGCAACGGAAACGCAGCUCAAGACUGGACUAUCAAUAGCAGUGACAAUUCAAUCAGGGCUCUAGGUAAAUGUCUUGAUGUUGCCGGUGGUUCAACGGCAAAUGGCGCAGCCGUUCAGAUUUACGAUUGUAAUGGCAGUGGAGCCCAACAAUGGGUAAUAUCUGCAGCAAAUGAUAUCGUCAAUCUUGCCGCUAACAGAUGUCUGGAAGCUAUUGCACCAGUUCAAGACGGAGCCCGCACAAGGAUCAUGGAUUGUUCAGGACAAUCAAAUCAGAAAUGGACUCGCGCUUAGAUGCAAAAUUGAGAAUGUUUUUGCAAAUAAAUUGAAUUCAAUUGAGGAAGAUUGA